AUCGAUUCGUUGGUGAAUCACACAUCAUCGGUGUUGUACUCCGCCCGCCCUCCUCCAUCUCCCUUCCCCCUCCAUUCAUCCUCCUUCUCUCCUUUCCCACAAAAGCAAAACGCUACAAUCACAGCCGUGGGAAGGUCGCACAGUGCCCAGAGCGAUACACGGCACUGAGCCGAUUCUCUUCUCUGAUGCUUGCGCUCGCGCUUUUCUUUUUCUCUCUCUCUUUUUGCAUGCUCGCAGGGUUUGUGCUGUGCUAAAAAAGCAGAGAGGAGGGUUUGCGGGACGGGGGUCGACCCCGGGAAAUAGAGCACGGAGAGCAGAGUCAUUCCGCCAGAGCUGAGAGAAAAGAAAGGGGGAAAAGCGCUGCGUGUGGCGGGAGAUGGGACGCGCCUCGGCGCGGCUGCGCUCCAUCCGGUCCGCGCAGAGGCAGCGCGCGCGCUCAGACACACCGGACACAAUGGCACGGAUGCACGCGCUGAUUUAGGCCGGCAGACACAAACCUCUGUGUAUGUGUGUGUGUGUGUGUGUUUGUUUUGAGGAUUCAUACAGCUCGAGAUAUCGCGUGUUUCACAAAGCGGGAGAAAUUCAUGCGCGCGGAAGCUUGAUAUUUCCGAGAUGACGGAGGGCCGGAGAUGUCAGGUCCAUCUCCUGGACGACAGGAAAUUGGAGCUCCUUGUGCAGCCCAAGCUGAUGGCUAAGGACCUGCUGGAUCUGGUAGCGUCACACUUCAACCUGAAAGAGAAAGAGUAUUUUGGAAUCUCCUACACAGACGACACGGGUCACUUCAGCUGGCUGCAGUUAGACAGACGUGUGCUGGAGCAUGAGUUCCCCAAAAAAUCCGGCCCCAUCGUCCUCUACUUCUGUGUGAGGUUUUAUAUAGAGAGUAUCUCUUACCUGAAGGACAAUGCCACCAUCGAGCUGUUCUUCCUCAAUGCUAAGUCCUGCAUUUAUAAGGAGCUCAUAGAUGUAGACAGUGAAGUCGUGUUUGAACUGGCCUCCUACAUAUUGCAGGAGGCCAAAGGAGACUUCAUAAGUAAUGAUGCCACACGGGCAGACCUGAAGAAACUUCCCGCUCUGCCCACACAGGUCCUCAAAGAGCACCCGUCCCUCGCUUACUGUGAGGACCGAGUGAUUGAGCACUAUAAGAAGCUGAGCGGCCAGUCCAGGGGCCAGGCUAUCGUCAAUUAUAUGAGCAUAGUGGAGUCACUGCCUACAUAUGGAGUGCAUUACUACGCGGUUAAGGAUAAGCAGGGGAUCCCGUGGUGGUUGGGGUUGAGUUAUAAAGGCAUCUUUCAGUAUGACUACCAAGACAAAGUGAAACCCAGGAAGGUGUUUCAAUGGAGGCAGCUGGAGAAUCUGUACUUCAGAGAGAAGAAGUUCUCAGUGGAAGUUCACGAUCCUAGAAGCAGGGCGUCGGUAACGCGAAGGACGUUCGGACACAGCGGCAUCGCCGUGCACACCUGGUACGCCUGCCCCGCCCUCAUCAAAUCCAUCUGGGCCAUGGCCAUCAGCCAGCACCAGUUCUACCUGGACCGCAAGCAGAGCAAGUCAAAGAUCCACGCAGCACGCAGUCUAAAUGAAAUAGCCAUUGACCUCACAGAGACGGGCACGCUGAAGACCUCUAAACUCGCCAACAUGGGCAGCAAGGGCAAGAUCAUCAGCGGCAGCAGCGGGAGCCUUCUGUCCUCAGGCUCUCAGGAGUCAGACAGCUCUCAAACGGCUAAGAAGGACAUGUUGGCGGCUCUGCGCGCUCGGCAGGAGGCUCUGGAAGAAACUCUAAGGCAGAGGAUAGAGGAGCUCAAGAGCAUCUGCAUUAGAGAAGCGGAGCUGACUGGUAAGCUUCCUAAAGAAUAUCCUCUAGACCCAGGAGAGGAGCCGCCUACAGUACGGCGCAAAAUCGGCACAGCCUUCAAACUGGACGAACAGAAGAUCCUCCCCAAAGGAGAGGAGGAAGAGCUGGAGCGUUUGGAGAGGGAGUUUGCUAUCCAGUCUCAGAUCACGGAGGCGGCACGGCGUUUAGCCAGUGAUCCUCAUGUGAGCAGUAAAAAGCUGAAGAAGCAGAGGAAGACAUCGUACCUGAACGCACUAAAGAAGCUGCAGGAUAUCGAGAACGGCAUCAACGAGUACCGUAUCCGUUCGGGCAAGAAACCCACGCAACGAGCCUCGCUCAUCAUAGAGGAGGCGAAUAUCGGCUCAGAGGACAGCUCUCUCUCUGAUGCUCUGGUGUUAGAUGAUGAUGAUCCCCAGGUAGCAGGGACGCCCACCUUCUCUCCGGUUUCCUCCCCUCAUAAAGGCCUUCCUCCUCGGCCUCCGUCGCAUAGCAGACCUCCUCCUCCUCAGUCUCUGGAGGGUCUCAGGCAUCUGCACUACCAGCGCAGCGACUACGACAAAUCUCCCAUCAAACCCCGCAUGUGGAGCGAGAGCUCACUCGACGAGCCCUAUGAGAGGGUGAAGAAACGCUCCUCUCACUCCAGCAGUCACAGGCGGUUCCCCAGCACCGGCAGCUGUGAGACUGGAGGGAGUAACUCUUUGCAGAACAGCCCAGUGCGCACGCUGCCACAUUGGAACAGCCAGUCCAGCAUGCCCUCUACUCCUGACCUGAGAACCAGGAGCUACGUCCAUUCAGCCAGCCUGUCUCAGCCUUUCCGUGGGCGGAGCUCCAGCCUGGAGUCUCAGGGGAAGUUGCUGAGCCUAGAGGCGGGACCAGAGGCGGAGCUUAGCCCAGACCUCUUCCUGUCAGGGCCACAGCGGGCAGGAAGCAGCGGCUCGGUAGUGCCAGAUGACUGCUCAUCAUGCACCAGCCACUCGAGUUCAGAGCACUGCUGCCCACCGGUAGGCGCCAACCCCAACUACCGCACCCUAGCUGAGGACUCACCUUCUAGAGCACGCCAACGUCAGCGCCAGCGUCACAAAUCCGCCGGCCACCUGGGCACCUCGAGCUCGGGCAGCAUGCCCAACCUGGCCGCACGUAACGGUGGGACACCCGGAACAGCCCACCAGGGCGUCUACCUGAACAGCCAGAGCCAGCCAUCAUCACAGUACCGCAUUAAGGAGUAUCCGCUGUACCCGGCAGGCAGCAGCCCAGGCGCUGUGGUGGUCCGCAGCCUGGAGAGUGAUCAGGAAGGCCACUACAGCGUCAAAGCACAGUUUAAGACGUCCAACUCAUACACAGCCGGUGGCCUCUACAAGGAGGGCUGGGGGUCAGCAGGGGAGGAUGGUGAGGGCGGCAGUGCCAGUGGCAGUGCCAGGCUCACACCCUCCAGGUCUCAGAUAGUGAGGACUCCGUCUGUAGGGAGGGAGGGAGGAGGGAACAGAGUGGCCGUGUCUGAGGAGCUAAGGUGCUGGUACCAGCGUUCGUCCGGAUCGCUCAAAGAGCACUCACGUCUCACGCACACCAGUUCAAACACAGGGAGAAUUGGCACACUGGCUAAGGGCUCACCAGCCGCCUCUCCACACAGCCAGAGAAGUGGAACUCCAUGUAGUGAGUCAGCAGCAACGCCACCCUGCAGCCCCCAGCACAUCCUCAACUGGCAGAGCGGAUCAUUCAGCGACAGCUGUUUCCUGAGCAGUCCCCUGUGCUCUGAGCUCGCCGACGUGCAGUGGUAUGGACACGAGAAGGCCAAGCCAGGAACUCUCGUCUAAACUUGUCCCUCCAUCCAUCUCCUGCUUCAUCCCUUUCUUCCUGGAACAGUGUUCUCUGGGCGGAUCUGUCCACAGGCUGGACCUCAAUACAUAUUAUAGACAUAUGUACGGCUGGAGCCAACACCCCUUCACCUUCUCUCUCUCUGUGCAUAUCCAGCAGUACAGUGGCUCUGGAAUUUGGGAUCAUGGAGGUCGGAACGAACUGGACUAAACCAAACCUAAGUUGACUUUGCUGACCCUCCCACUGCGUAUCGUAUGAACUCUGAACUGUGACCCAGUUAGCUGCCAGCCAGUUGCUCCAUAUGCACAAAAAUCUUCAUCCAAUCCCAUCGCUGGAGUGAUACACCAGGGGUGUGGCCUCUCUCUUUUGGAGAUGUGUUUGUGUGUGUAUGUGUGUGUGUGUGUGUGUGUGUGCGUUCUAGUGAACUGCCCCAUGUAUGCAUACUCAAACGCACACUUCAGUGUGCAAUUCUACAUAGAAAACAAGGAGCACACACUCUUGCAGAACAUUGCUGUUGGCCAUUUUGUUCGUAUCCUUCAUGUGCACUGUUCUGUUGGAGUAAAUGCGAUGAAUCACACACACCCCAGUCCACCGAGUGAACCAUGAAGCCUGUUUCCCAUUUUAUAACGUUCUGUAAAAUUAUGUGCGUAAAUAAGUGAGACCACAAGACCGCAAGAUGACAGAAACACCCUCUUGGAUGUGAAUCAUUCAAGAAAAGCAGCAUUAUUGGCAUUUCUAAUUUAUAAAAAUGGUCAUGUUAGGAAUUAGAGGACUUUCCAGCACUUCCCAAAAGUGAGUGAUCUCGGAAACACUAUAAAAGUCGAACCGCAAAGCACUGCAAUGACAACUGAAAUCCGGCUAAUUAGUCCUGAAAACCUUUACGCCACUCCAAAAUAUAUGGUUACAAUAAAUAAUACAUAAAUAAAUGACAAUUCUGACAUCAGUACAUUUCCGAUUUUAGAGGUGGUCAGUGAUGUAUAAGUCAGAAUACUUUUUGUAUCUAUUGAAUUUCUCCUUACAAUGUGACAAUUAAAUCUAAUCCUAGGGGAUAAAACAAACUAUGUCCUCCAACAUCGAACAAUCAGUAGAAAGAAGCACCAUUUCAGAAAACUCCAUCUUACUAGUAUUUAAGUAGCAUGUUAUAAGCAAGACACUGAAUGCGGAUGUUAAACCAGCCAGCUUUUGCUAACUACCACAUAAAUUAUACUGAUAAAGUGCUAAACAUUUUGAUAACUAAUAACAUGAGCUAAAAUUGUAUUAUAAUGCUCAAACAGCAGUAUACAGGGCAUUACUAAUAUAACUGUUUCACAAACUUCAAUAAACAUUAGAACCAGCAACAUUAAUAUGAAAACAAGUCGCUUAUUAAUGUAAUUACUUAUAAUGUAACUUUAAUACAAGUAAUUAUAGUGGUUCGUUUGGAAUCUUGCUGAUGUCAUGACCAUCCAGGAGUGCUUAACGUCACCUCACAUGAACUAGGGAUGUAACCAAAUACAAAUACUGAUCAUGUGUGCUAAACAGAUACAAAUACAGACACAAAUAGAUGUACUAUUGUUUGUUUGGUUUUGUGCCAUCUGAUUUAGACUAGAGGUGUGUGUCAGGACUGGGACCCUGUGAGACAAAAAACAAAAAAAAUCAUGCAAGUGGGAGGUUUUUUACUUUCCUGUGGGUUUGUUUAAAUUAGGCUGCUAGUUUAUCAUAUAGUUUGGAACUAAAUUUAUUAGACAAUAUUGCAGGCAGGUACAAACAAUAAUAAUAACUGCAUGAGCAGGAUUAAAAACAGACCAGACCAGAUUAAGACCAUGAACUUAUGAACUGAUAUGAACUCUAGUGAGUUAAGUUUGAGGAACUAUUUAAGAUUGAGAGCCAGAACAUCCAGAACAGGCCACGCCCACUUUGGGCUUAAAACAGAAGAAGCACUAAUUAAAUACAGAUACAAACACUGGCAUUGCGUUACACCGAUAAUAUCUGUGUUCACGUAAGAGCAAUUAGCCUCACAUUAGCCUCACAUUAAUGAGUGCAGCUUUACAAUAUAACGUAGAGACAUUAUUGGUGCUUUAAAAUCAUUUCCACUGAUCCAGAUUAAUCUGUGGAAUCUUAAUUCUGGCUGGUUUUAUUGGCAAAGUGAUACAUUGAUCAAGCCCUAACAGGAAAUAGGAUGUGUGUUUGUCCAGGUGUUCCAACAAUUAUUCACCGGUAUAAUGAAGCGGAUACACUGUCGCUUUUGUGUUCGUUAUCAUUGCAAGGCUGCGUGUACACUUGUAGGGACUCAGCAUUUGACAUCAUUAUCAGACAUUUUUGCAAAGGGUGAUGAUUUUGAGGCUUGUGGUCUCUAUCUGUCUUUUUUUUUUUCAUUUAUCUGCAUUUCAUGUAGAAGUUCUAUCAUACAAUAGCUGUAAAGUUUCCCAAAAGCCAUGUGGUGCCAUAUUUGAUCUGCUGUUUUAGGGGAAACUCCUCCCUGAACGCUAGCUAGAUGUGAGCUGUGUGUUAGUGUAACCUUCUCAGACGCUGAACGCUGAAGUACUGUAUGUGCCACUCACUCUCUUGGGCAGCUCCACCAGCCUGCUAGCCACCAUGGUGCUCUGAGCCUCUACUGUACUGUACACCGAUGAAUUACAAAUCCCAUAAUCCCCCUGCUCUGAGCCCACAAGCAAUCCUUGUACCUGACAUCUUCAACAUAGGGACCUUAUUUUUUAAAAUUUCCUUACUGACGGAGUUUUGCUGUACUGCAUGCAGUUAGCACCAGACUGUUCAUACUCGGUUAGGGACUGGAUGAAACUAUAAGAGCACAACGUAAAGGGGCACACAGCAUACAGAACAGCCACUGACCAACAAACUUCUCUCUAAUUGAUCUUACCUCUGUGCCAUUUCAAGAGACAGCCUAAGCAUUCCAGUAUACGAACAGAACACACGCAUCCGGACCUCGGUUCUGAAAGCAGAAAAACCUCCACACUCACCUUAGGCUCUCAGAUGGAGAGGAAAAAACACAGGGUGUUUGUGUUUUUCUAGGCAGCGAGAUUUUAACAAGAAACGAUGGUGCUCUUCUCCUCAAUCUGUGUCAUGUGACGGGGAAACACGGCAAGCCAUACAGUAACAACCACGUCUAAAUACUAAUCACUCCGCCUGGUACAGCAUCACACACACUCGGAAAUGGACACCCUGCAGCAAAGGACUUAAAGAGAUAUCUAAAAGCACACUCUUUUUUUUUUUUUUUUUUUUAAAGUAUACGUUUUUCCAUUACUAUAGCGUAUGUGCGUUAUGUGCCAUCAGACCCUUCAUAACAGAGUCCAAACCUAACACCCUGCAAUGUGAAAUCAAUUGCUGUUUGUGUGUUACUUUUACGGAUCCAAAUUCAACCCUUUACCCAGAACAGUGUAAUGUUGCCUCUCUUUUAGGCCUGGACGGUGGCCCAUAAGUGCAAAACAUAUUCACAAACCAAAAAAAUGCAACAGCAAAUCAGAAAACAUAGUAACAAAAGUAAAAAAAAAAACAGCAAAUGAGAAAACACAACAAAACUAAAAACGCAACAGCAAAUCAGAAAACACAACAAAACUAAAAACAACAGCAAAUCAGCAAACAACUAAACUAAAAUCAUAAUAAAUCAGAAAACACAAAACUAAAAACGGAACAGCAAAUCAGAAAACACAACAAAUCUAAAAACACAGCAGCAAAUAAGAAAACACAAAAAAACAAAUCUUAGCAACCAAUCAGAAAACAACAAAACUAAAACAUCAUAUGCUCGUUCAUGAUUGGACACGGCCUGUGAUUAUCACAAGCAAAACAAAUUGCACUUUUUCAGUCUGUUAUCUAGUUAGCCUAGCAAAAACAAUUUAACGGAAAGUUACGUAUAGUGUUAUUAAACAUCUGAUAACAACAAUCUUUUAUUAAACAUUAAACUGUAAACAUCCUCUAACUCUGUUUUCCACCAUCACUAGGACUGAUGUAUGCUGUAGCCAAUCAGCAACAAGCGUGUCAUGCUCUCGAAGGACCUCCCUUUCUGUUUUGAGAUAAUAUUAAGGUGUUUUCUGAUUUGCUGUUUUGUUGUUUUUUGUUUGUUUGGUUUUGGUUUUAUUGCAUUUUCUGCAUUUUUUUUGUUGCAUUUUGUGAUUAUUUUUGCGUUUUUCGUUUGUUAAUGUGUCUUGCACUUGCAGGUCACCGUAGGCCCGAGUUCAAACUCAUGAUGGUUCAGAGGCAAAUUCAGUUAUCUGGUGUUAAUGAACCCAUAGAAACAGAGCUAAAGAUAUCCAUAACCCUUUCACGUGAAGAUGCAGUCUCAUUCCCACAGUGCUGUGAUUCAGGCCUCAUGCUUAUCUCUCCACUGAGAAUUGAGAAAACGUGUAUUCUCUCCUCAUGCCCUCCUUCCUACCUGUAUUUAAUAACAGCCUAAACCUUUUAUAACAAAAGAAUAAACUAACACAUUUAUCAACAUAUAUGGAAAAGACUAUGGAAACCUGUCUGGGUUAUUUUACAAGACAAAAAAAAAAUGAUGUUCAGAUGUUUUAAUAUUUUUUUUAAUCAAACAGUAUUUGUUUUAUUUCCUUUUUUUUCCACUAUGUCAGGACAAAGUAACCCUUUCAGGUGCUACAGGAUGACGAGUUACUGCGUUGUUUCCUAGCUGUAGACUUUUCCUAACCGUUGUCAAUAGUUUUAAUACGAGUCGUGCAAAAUGAAGGAUGUUAGUUACUAAACCGUGUCGCUCACUCCCUCAUCCCUGACAAUAGAGCAUGUUUUCAUCACUUUAUGGAGUUCAAAUCAAAAAUAACCGCACACGUUAUAACGGUGUUGUAGAAAAACAAAUGUGGAGUUGUUGGGGAGAAUAACAAUGAAUUCCACAGUUAAUUUAUUCUUUUUCUAUUAAGAAUUUGUAUAGUAACUUUACAUUUUUCAAAAACCGUGUUGUUGGCAACUGAAUCUGAAUUUUCCAGAUGAGAAAUGUGGUGGUUCUUGAGAUUAUGAAAAUAAAUUAUUGCUGAAUGUUCUCUAAACUUAA